UCUACUGCCUAUCUCGGUCAGAGCGCUGUCGCUGGAUGGUUUAUUAUUGUUUUAUCAUAUUCCACCAAUACACCGCUUCUUCCUCUAUCAAGUGGACAGUGCCAAGCUACAGCCAUGGUCAGGUUGGACCUCGGAAACGUAGUCCUCCGAAGGAUGACCCUGGAUGACAUUGAGUCAGUCAAAGCUCUGAUAAAGGAGGGUUGUGAGGGCACGGAGAACCGUCUGGUUCUGCAUCUGCUGACGCGUCCCCUGGCUCUCUUCCUGCUGGCCGUGCUCUCCUCCAUCCUCCGCUGCCUCAUCCACUCCUUCGUGCUGGCCCUGGUCAUCCCCGUCUUCCUGGCCGUCAUCUACCUCAAGCUCACCAUGCCGCGCUCCACGGGCAUCCUGGGGGCGCACCGCCGCUACUGGGACUACGUGGGCAGCACCUACAAGGCCGAGACGGACUCUGAACUCGUCAACCCGUACUCGAGGAUGGCCAAGCCCGUAGUCGUGACCAAGGCCAAGCCCCAGGAGACAAAGACGGGAAAACGGAAGAAGAAAAAGGGAGAGAAAGACAAGGGCAAGGAGAAAGAGAAGGAGAAGGAGAAGCACGACAUGGAGGAUCUGGAGGACAGGGCACGCGUGGCCGGAGAGGUCUGGGUCGCCGACUCGGAGGGGGAGGUCAUCGGGUGCCUGUCCCGGGAGCCGGUGAACCGGGCCGGGGUGACGCGCGUCUGCCGCCUGGUGGUCUCGAGCUGGUACCGGAGGGAGGGCGUGGCGAGCCUGCUGGUGCAGUGCCUCGCCCACCGGGAGAAGGGCCGCGGCUCCAGGAGGGUUUACGCUCACGUGCCCUUCCCCUCGCGCGUCGGGGAGGCCUUCUUCAGGAAGCUGGGCUACCGGCUGCAAGGCGAGGUGGCGGACGGGGAGGAGGUGGACGAGGACGAUGACUACGAGGACCCCCAGAGGGGCUGGCUGGGGUACCCAAUCACCAAAGUGUUUGUCAAAGACAUGUGAGCAUGCAGAGGACAACCAGCUGGCUCAGGGUGAGGCUGAGGCUGAGGCUGAGGCUGCCUGUGUCUGUGAAACAAGAGGGUGGCUGCAUCUCUCCGUAACUCCCCUUCCAUCUUUUUACUGUCUUCGCUUUGAAGAGCAAAUAAAACAACGUGAGCGAGCCGCCCAGGCUGGCUGAACGUGUGUUCUGGUGAGACGGGUGGCCAGUCAGUGCUCUGCUCUGCUCAUGGUGUUGUUUUAUGCUCAUUUUGAAAGGGAAGUCUUAUGGAGAACAGCCCUCGGGGCCCUCGCUAGCAUGCAUGGAGACACUCCCACCACAUGGGAAAAACAGCGUAAGAGGAGAGAAAGAGAGAGAGAAAGGGGGGAGUAAUUAAAAGACGGAAGGAUGGAGCCAAAAACAGAGGAGAUAAUCAAAUCCAAAGGCUGUGCUGUAUUUCAAGGGCCACACACACACACACACACACACACACGUACACACACGUACACACGCACACGUGAACUUGGAAUUCUGGCCAUGUAUUUCAAGGGCCACACACACACACACAC